CGCCAAUUCCUUUUUAUUUUUCUCGUAAAUAAUACUUAGUAUAUUUAAUAUUUAUAUUAAAAUCAUACCUUGCGGCGUGCACAGGUGCACGUUUUAUUUACUCGGAAAAUGUGGUUCAAACUUUUAGUUUCUUAAAUCGUAAUUUUUUUAAAAUAACAACUGAUUUUUUAUUAAUUACUAAAAAUCAAUCAAAUAAUCGUCUACAGGUAUACAAAAUAAAAUGAGUGCAAAAAAUAGUGAUAAUGACCAUUAUAAAAAUGAAUAUUCGAGAAUAAGGAAACUGACGAGUAGAUAUGACAUACGGACUCAAUCAAAUGAAUAUGGUUUGUCUGAAGAUCAAGUUGCGGAAUUCAAAGAAGCAUUUAUGUUGUUUGAUAAAGACCACGAUGGACGGAUUACUGAGGCAGAAUUAGGAGUGGUUAUGAGAUCUCUGGGACAGAAGCCUACUGAAACUGAUUUAAGAGGUAUGGUUAAAGAAGUGGAUAAAGAUGGUAAUGGUAGUAUUGAGUUCGAUGAAUUCCUACUAAUGAUGGCUAGAAAACUAAGAGCAGUAGAUGGUGAAGAAGAAAUGCACCAGGCAUUCAAAGUAUUUGACAAAAAUGGUGAUGGGUUCAUAACAUUUGAUGAACUCAAACGUGUAAUGUGCAGUAUCGGAGAACGACUUACCGAUGAGGAAAUUGAGGAUAUGAUAAAAGAAGCAGAUUUAAAUGGUGAUAAAAAAAUUGAUUAUAAAGAAUUUAUUACAAUAAUAAGUCCUAAGAAAUAAAACAAAUAACGGUAAAAAAUAUGAUAUUAUAAUAAACAUCACUUUCUGAAUUUUUUGAAUAAUGGAUGUUUUACACCAGAAUUUCUUCUGAAUUCUGCAUAAACUGCAUCAUCAGCACCAGACAUAGAACUCAUUUUACCAGACAUUUUCUUAUAGGAUUUGGAUGUACCCUCAUACGGCAUUCUUUCCUCAUCUGCAUCUGUGUCAUUGGCUGCUAAGACUUUACUUAAUAAUAAACCUUGGUCUUCUCUACUAGAAUAAAAAAGCUCUGGAUCCUAAAGUAAAAAAUACAGCAUAAUUACAGAAUGGUUGUAUACUAAUUUUUAUUCAAGUAUAGAUUACCUCAUCCAUUCCAGCCAGUUUUGUUACCACUUUGUAACUGUAUCCUUGAUCAAUAAGAAAUCUUUGUCGUUUUCUUGAGUAGCUCAUUUCCAUUGUGUCUUGUGACACUAAGGUAUAGAAGAAUGCAUUAUAUUCUUCAGCAAUUGCAGUUUUCUUAGCCCGUAAGAUACGACCUAGACGUUGAGCUUCUUGACGCCGGCUUCCACCAUGAGAAGAAAUUUGUAUAAGAACAUUAGCAUCUGGCAAAUCAAAUGAUGUAUCUGCAACUUUACUGACGAAUAUGGUAUUCACUUUUGGAUUUAAUUUAAAAUUUUGCAAUAUUUGGAUUCUUUCCGCCUACACAUAUAAAAAUAAUAUAUACAUAUUAAUUAUUAAUUUAGAAGAACAUUAAAAUAUUUAUUAAGAUGUAUUACCUGAGAUGUUGGUCCAUAAAUAUAAGGUUUACUCAACUUUAAGGCAUAUUCUUUAAGGGCAAAUACAUUAUCAGAGAAUACAAUAGUUUUGUCUCCUCGUUGUUCAUGAUAACGUAUUAAAAAUUGACAAGCACGAAAUUUAUUUGGAUUCAUCACAAAAAAAAGCUGUACAAAAGACACACAUUAAUAAUAUCAUUUAUUAUAUUAUUUUAGAAACAUCAAAAUUGUAAAACUAUACCAUUUUUUUACACGUUCUGGUAGCUAAAUAUUCACGAUAAAAUUCUGGAGCCAUUGGACACCAUACUUCUGAGCACUGAACUUUGGCUAUAUAACCUCUUUGUUGUAGUUCCAACCAGUUAGCUUCAUAUAGUUUAGGACCAAUUAAAAAGUUUAAAUCGGCAAUUUUAUCAUCUUCUCGUAAUAAUGUGGCUGUUAAGCCCAAUUUGCAAUGUGAUUGAACCAGUGUCAAUACACGUCGAAACAUUUUAGCUGGUAUGGUAUGUACUUCUAUGAAAUUAAAACAUAUAUAAUACAUAUUAAUUCCAAUUGAAAAAACUGUGAAAGUUAUAUUUCUUACCAUCUAAUACCAUUAUACCCCAUUCUUGCUCUUGAAUCCAUUUCAUUGUUUGUUCAGCUUCCCAGGAUCUCUUUUGUGUGUGUGUUAUCAUUGAAUAAGUUGUAAUGAACACACCACAACCCAUUAAUUUGUCUUUAACAUCAGAUGUAAAUCUGCAUACCAAACUGUCAUCAGCUAUAGAACAAAUUAUAAAAUUUUAAAUAUAUAUUUUUUUAAAUUUCUAAAUUAUAAUAAAUACCUGUUGACCACAUUUUAAAUUGAUAUUUCCAUUGUUCAACUGAUACUGCUGAAUUGCAUAGGACUAAUGCACGUUUACGUACAGUACAACAAGCUGUUACCCCUACUAAACUUUUUCCAGCACCUAAAAACCAAAAUCAACAUAUAAAUAUUAUAAUUACAUUGUUUUAGCUAACAAAAUGAAUGUGCGUUUUCAAAAUAUAAAAAGUAUUAUAUAAAGUUUACAUCAAAAGACUUGGUGGACAAUUAAAUUGUUGCCACUUUAGUUUAAUAGUAAUUUGUCAAUUAAUUAGUUUAUCCUACUCUGUAAUCACUUAUAAACUGACAAUUAAUACAUAGAAAAUUAUCAAGAGUAUUUAUUUAAUAAAUAUUGCUAUUUAAGUAUUAUUUACACUAAAGUCUAAAGCAAUGUAUUGACCAUAUCAGAUAUGUUGUUUUAUUAUUAAUAGAUUUAGUUAAUUUCAAAAAAUACUGAGAGCUAUUGUUUUAGUGCUAUACAGAGUUAUCAGAUGAUAACUGUUAGUUAUAUAUUAAAAUAUAUUAUAAUAUGAUAUACAGUUGAAUCCGCUUAAUUGGGAUACAUUGGGCGGUGACCUAUUUGUUCCCAUUAUCCGACUGUCCCGAUUAACCGAAUAACUAAUAAACCGAUACAUUCGUUCGGGACUAUGCAAUAUGUCCCUAUUAAGCGGUUGUCCCCUUUAUGUGGUGUCCCAAAUAAACGGAUUCUACUGUAGUUUAUACUUACCACAUGGUAACACAAUAAUUCCUGAUCUUGCACGACUAUUCCCAAACAUUUUUCUUAAGCUCUUUUCUUGAUAAGGUCUUAAUGUUGCUUGAGGUUUUAAAUCUAUACUAUAGAUAAAAUUAAAAUUUACUAAUUAGUUAUUAUUAAUUUAAAUAGUGUAUACAGUAUAUAUUUACUUAAUAUCUUUAUUGACUUUAUCGUUUUUAAAAUCAUAUUCAACUAAAAGAGGUGUAUCAAUCUCAAUACAACGCUUUUGUAUAAUUUCAAUUUUUUCUUGUUGGACUUCAAAUGAUACAAGAUUUUGUGUUUUUUCUUCUUCUUCUUCUUCAACUUUAUCAAUUUUUUCAUAUAAAUCUGUUAUAUCUUUUGGAACUACAUCGUUCAAAUUAUCUUCCUUAUCUUUCGAAGAAUCUCCAGGAAACUAGAAGACAUAAAAUUAUUUAUUACUUUAUUAUGAAAUUAUAAAUAUAUAAUUAUUAUUUAUAAGUAACUGCAAAAUAAAAGUGUAAUAUAAGUGUUAUAUUUUAUAUUUUGUUAAAUACAUAAUAAUAAGUCUUUUUUUUAAAUUUUGUAAGUAUGAUACUAAAUAGAACUCAUUUAUUAGAAAUAUAUUAUUGCUUAUCAAAAUUAUUUAAGUAAUAAUUUUAACUAAGCUUGUAGAAACUAUAUUAUAAUCAAUAAUUAAGUUACAGAAUACUUUUAGUAUAGGUAUUGGUUAUUUUAGAUGAAUAUUAUUUAACAUUUUUAAUAUUGGAAAAAAAUGACGAUAACAUUAGACAAAAAUAUUCAUCAACCUAUAUAUAUAUAUAUAUAGACUAGACUACUAAAGUAUAGCACAGAUAUCUAUUGUAUGUUAUAACUGAUUUAUUUGAAGAUAUUAGCUAAUAAAUAUAUUAAUUGAAUAUCGCCUAAAACUUAGUCAAUAGACUAGAAUUGUUGAAAAUAAAUUAAUAAAUUACUUUACAUUUCAUCUAUACUUAGUCUGUUUAUUUGAGUCUUUACCAAUUAAAUAUUAUAUAAAUUUCAUAUCUAAGCCAAAAAACAAGGUGUUUACUUUAAAAAAUUUUUUGAUACAAAAUUAAUUUGUAUAUUCUAAUAUAUCUAUAUAAUGUGUUUUUGUUUUAUUCAAAUAACUAAAAGUAAUCUAGUUAUUUUAUUUUAUUAUAAGUCACUUGGUUACUUUUAAAAAUUAACUUACCUAACACUAAAAUAUAUUUUAGAUUAAAAAUAGAAAUAAAUAAGAGUAUAUUACAUGUGAUUUUUCUAUUUUUUUUUCUUCAGUGAUUAAUGCAUCAGUAUCCUCCAGCCUUUUAAGACGACAAGAACCAAUAACAGGAUCUUUAAGAAGCUUUUGUAAAAUGUCUGGAUGUUGUGAUUCAAUGAAAUAUCGAUUAUGUUUAAGUACAAGUUUAACUUUUCCAUAAGAAAGUGUACACACAGUUAUAAACUCUAUUAUACCAUCAGGUAUACUUGUCUUACUUAAACGUUUCAAAUACUCAAUUAUGUCAUUAGUUUCUAAUCCAACACUUACAGCUGCAUACAAUGAAUAAGCAGUUAAUUUAUACUGAAAUAAAAAAUAAAAUACAUUUUACAAA